AUGGAAAUCAACCUUAACGUUGCAAAAUAUUCGAUCAGCUUUUGCUUCACCGGGCAUUCACCCUUUCAAUCCACCAAAGGAUCUGUUCGAGCAAUUCGUCGUACACUCAAAGCCAUUCGACAGGAAAAGAGUGAUCUAUCAGAGGCUACACAACUUGCUCUCAAAGCACUUCAAAAAUAUGCGGUACAGAAUGAAAUACUUGAACAUCAGCAGCAAGGCUUGGUCGAUGCAUUAAUUGGAGAGAAAAAACAGCAGAAGCGAGGCCGGCCACUGGAUUUAAUUGAUAAGGAUAAUUCCGGUGAGGCACAAUUCUUCUCACCAGGCAGAAUUGAAGCUGCACGACAGCGAAUACAGAAUAUUGAGUCACAAAAGGAACAAGGAAAGAUCGAGGCAGCAAACCGACGUACACAAAAGGCAUUUGCGCGCCAACAGAAGGCCCAAGAGAUCCAGGAACGGCGAGAGACUCGAAUCCGUGAACGAGAGGAAAAAAGGCGUCAAAAAGAACUUGAAAAGGAGCGACUUCGCGUGGCCCGGGAAGCCCAGAAUGAGGUAAAGCGAGGUAAAGAAAGGCUAGCAAAGCAGGUAAACACUAAAAAGAGGCGAUACAGUAAGGUUAUCGAGAGUAAUGAGGAGGUUUCUUCAAAGAGGCCAAAAACAGGCAUAUCUCGUUCUGGGCGAGCGAUCAACCUACCUAUACGAUUUAGAGAUUAAAUAAUUAUGCUGGUUUGUUCACCACACAUUUUUAUCUAAUAAUCUUAAUUUUAAUAAUUAUAACUU